AUGGCGGCAUCCGCAUAUCCAGAGGGCAGCAUUGCCUACGUCAAUGGUAACAUAUAUACCGUUGAUAAAGCCCAACCAAGAGCUGGUGGUUUUGUCGUGUCUCCCCAAGGCGUAUUUGCCGCCGUAGGAAGCAGUGAAGAGAUCAAGGCCAACGCGCAAGCCCAGGGCUUGGUGAUCCGCGACUUGGGCGGCACAUUCAUUAUGCCAGGAAUUCACGACAGCCAUGUGCACUCGUUCGUUUCAGGGCUCCACCUCGUCGGCGAUAUACUCAUGGACCUUGCUACUACCAACACCGGCGACCAGAUGGUGGCUAAAUUGAAAAAUGGCUGUGGCGGCUGCUCUCACCACGCGGGUCCUUCGGACUGGAUCAUAGGUGUCUUGCUCGAAAUCGAGAACUACGACCGCUCCAUCUUAGACGAAGAAUGGCCAGAUAGGCCAGUGUUUAUUCAUGCAUACGGAGGCCAUAUGAAAUAUCUCAACACAGCCGCACUUGAAAAGGCGGGAUUCGAUGUACAAAACGAGCCAGAUGCCCCGAGCUCGAUAUACCAACGUAGACCAGACGGCAGCUUAACUGGUACUAUUGGAGGUCAAGCAGCACUGGGACGCGCCAGUAUGGCCAUUCCAAAACCAUCAAUCCCUCACCUCAAGAAGGCUCUCAAGCGUGCGAUGAAAGAAUUACAUCGCAACGGUGUAACCUCAUGCCAGGAAGCCGCAACAAACUCUGUAAUGCUCAAAGUACUCAACGAACUUGACAUCGAUGGGCAGCUCAAAGUGGAUUACUCCACUCACAUCUUGUAUAAGAACGAAUGGCUCUCAGGCGAGAUAUUGGCCGAUCCCGAGGAGCUGAUCAAGAGCGCAGAACGCUACCUCAGCAAGCAUGUCAACACCCGUUUUGUCAAGUUUAUGAUGGACGGCGGGCCUGGAGGACCCGCGGUGCUGCAGCAGGCCGGGUUGGAUAAAGACGGCAAACCAGAUAUGGCUAACAUUCUCCAGCCUGAUCUCCCAGAGCUCUUGUCUCGAUGUGAUCAGAGAGGCAUGACGUGUAAGGUACAUGCCAUGGGUGAGGGAGGUGCACGGCUCGCUCUCGAUGCCGUUGCUGCAGCAAGGAAGCAAAACCCCAAUGGACCGAUCCAUGAGGUCGCGCACUCUUGCAUGGUUCACAAAGACGACCUUGGAAGAUUCAAGGACCUCAAUGUUACAGCCGAAAUGUCUCCUGCCAUGUUCUUCGCCAACGGGUUCGAUUACGUCAAAGACCAAAUCGUCUACGAUUUCCCCGGCUUCAAAGCAAAAAAUACCCGCAUGACCAUCGGCAGUGAUUGGGCUUUUGGCAUGUUCCUACCCCUGUUACCUUCAAUCGCACACCUCGUUGACAUCAUUGGCGCGGAGAGCCUACUGGAAAUGCUGACAAUCAACGGAGCAACGUCAGUGGGCAAAGACAAGGUAUCUGGUUCCAUUAGCGUGGGAAAGAAGGCCAAUUUUAUUGCCGUGGAUAGGGAUUUGACAAAGGGAGACUUUGCAAAUGCAAAGAUUACAAAUACGUGGUUCGAAGGCGAAAUGGUGUAUGAAAUGGCUACCGAAUAUGUCGAAAGGCCAGCCUUAGGCGCUUAA